AUGGCCAACGCCGCCCUCCGGGGUCUCCGGCGAUGGGCACACGCCCAGAUGCAGCCGCUGUACAACCAGCUGCCAACCGACGCGGACAACGACCGAGAAAAGGAAAAGGAACAGGACAUGGCGAUUGAGAUUAGCAGCGUGGGCAGCAGCCGGUCCGGGAGCAGUGGAAGCGGCAGCAGCAGAAGCCCAGAGAGCCCACAGACGUCACACGGCGAGCCGCGGUUUGGACAUGGGCGGACAGCGAGCAGCGUCAGCAGCGUCCACCGGCCACGAACACGACUGGCCGCGGCGGUGGCGGCCGUGAUGGCGGUGCCGCUGGUCCUGCUGCGGCUUGUCUACCUGCUGUGGCUGCUGGUGACGGCGCCGUUCCGGCGGAUCCUCCGACUCUUUGUCCCGUCGGCAUCAACCUCGACGGCGACGGGCGCAUCGUCGUGGCGGGACCUGUACGAGCAACUGGAGGAAUUCCAGCUGCUCGUCCCCUCGUUCCUCAAACCCAACGCCGGCGGGGGACCGCCCAAGCGCAUGCACCCGACGGCCUGGCUCGACGGCCUGCGCGGCGUCGCCGCCUUCUUUGUCGUCUGGCACCACGCCAGCCUGCUGUGGUUCGGCUGGCACGUGCACGCGGGCUACGGCAGCGCCGCGGGCGAGCGCUACCUCGUGCAGCUGCCCAUUGUGCGCCUCUGCAUCUCGGGCCCGCCGCACGUCGCCGUCUUCUUCAUCGUCUCGGGCUUUGCCCUCUCCUACAAGCCCCUCCGCCUCUCGCACCAGGGCCGCGUGCGCGAGGCCGACGCCGCCAUCGGGUCGUCCGUCUUUCGCCGCCACACGCGCCUCUUCCUCAUGCCCGUCGCCGUCUCGUUUGUCGCCUGCCUGAUGACGUACUUCGACCUCUACGGCGCCAAGAACUGGAAGGGCGUCGCGCUGCCGAGCCGCCGGCCGCCGCAGGCCCACUCGCUGUCCGGCCAGCUCAUGCACUGGCUCCGCAGCGUCUCGCAGCUCACCGACCCGCUGUCCAAGUCGCUCCACCGCGGCGGCACCUUUAUGUACGACCAGAACCUCUGGACGCUGCCCGUCGAGUUCGACUGCUCGCUCGUGCUGUUUCUGUGCCACGCCGCCUUCAACCGCUUCCGCCCGCGCGUGCGCAUGCUCUUCGUGGCCGGCAUUGCCCUGUUUGCGAUCCUCUACAUUUACUGGGAGGCCUACCUCUUUUUGGUGGGCAUGCUGAUUUGCGACCUGCACCUGGAGCUCGAGGGCGUGGGCCAGCCGAAGCCGCCGGCGGCCACAGAUGCGACAGCCACCGGCAGCGGCAACGACGGCUCGACCGUCGCCAUGGGCGUCCGCCCGUCCUCCGCUCGCUCCCUCCUCGUCCGCAUCGCCAUGCGCCCCGUCGCGGCGCUCCGCUGCCUCCCCCGUCCGUCCGCCGCGUUUGUCAAGCGCCACCGCACCGCGCUGGGCGUCGCCGCAUUCGUCGUCGGGCUCUAUCUCUUGUCGAUCCCCGAGGCCGGCCGCGGCGGCGGCAAGACGCCCGGCUACAUCACCCUGUCCCAGUGGGCGCCCCGCUACCACCGCGCCAAGGGCAAGGUCGACGACUGGUACAUGCCCCUCGCCGCCACCAUCAUCGUCGUCGCCAUCGAGCGCACCCCGGCCCUCCAGCGGGUGUUCAUGCACCCGCUGCCCCAGUACCUCGGCUUCAUCAGCUUCUCCAUGUACGUGCUGCACGGCACGGUGCUCUGGACCGUCGGCCACUGGACCGCCCGCAAGGCCGUGGCCCUGACCGGGUCGGCGACGGACUGGCAAUACGGCCUCGGCAUCGCCAUGUGUGCCGUCGUCGUGUGGUUCAUCAUCAUCGUGCUGUCGGACCUCGUGGCCCGGACCGUGGACAAGCAGGCCGUGUCGGUGGGCCAUUAUUUGUAUGCCAAGUGUGUGCGGCCGGAGCCGCCGCAGGACGUCCUGCCGACGCGGCGGGAAUGA